CAGGGCUAUGUGCGAGGAUAAAGUGCAUCAGUGCGGGGACAGCCAGCCUAGGGGGCACUUCCGAGCAGGCGGAGAGCUUCCAAGGGCUGGGAAGCCAGAAACAAAGAGAAGGGAGGACAUGAGCGAAGGCGAAGGGAGGGAGCAGGGGAUCAGCUGAGUUCAAUCCCGGCAGGAAAGCUCUUCCCCUCCGGCACAUCCCUAAGAGGCGCCGGGACAAGUUUCCCCCCACUCCUCUCCCCCUUUGGGCAAGAAGACAAAGAAUCCAGUGGCCCCAUGGGGAAAGGGGGCGAGCAAGGGGGGGAUUCGGGGGAGCCGGCGGCGCAGAUCCGCUUCUACACCUGGGAGGAGAUCCAGAAGCACAACCUGAGGACGGACAAGUGGCUGGUGAUAGAGCGAAAGGUUUAUAAUGUCACCAAGUGGGCAAAUAGGCACCCGGGGGGCCAGCGAGUGAUCAGCCACUGCGCCGGCGAAGAUGCCACGGAUGCAUUCCAGGCCUUCCACAUCAAUCCCACCUUGGUGCAGAAGUUUCUCAAGCCCUUGCUUAUCGGAGAACUCGCUCCAGGGGAGCCCAGCCAGGACCGAGACAAAAAUUCCCAGCUGGUGGAGGAUUUCCGGACCCUGCGGAAGACAGUGGAGGACAUGAACCUGUUCCAAGCCAGCCCUUUGUUCUUCUCCCUUUACCUGGGCCACAUCAUUGCCAUGGAAGUUUUGGCUUGGCUCAUGGUUUCCUACUUUGGGACCGGCUGGAUCACAACCCUCAUCCUUGCCUGCAUCCUUACAACUUGCCAGGCCCAGGCAGGCUGGCUGCAGCAUGAUUUUGGACACCUCUCUGUCUUCAAGAAGUCUUCCUGGAACCACAUCUUCCACAAGUUUGUCAUUGGACACCUGAAGGGUGCCUCUGCAAACUGGUGGAACCACCGCCACUUCCAGCACCACGCCAAGCCCAACAUCUUCAAGAAGGACCCAGAUGUGAACAUGCUGCACAUUUUUGUCCUUGGGGACACACAGCCUGUUGAGUAUGGCAAGAAGAAGCUGAAGUACCUGCCUUACAACCACCAGCACGAGUACUUCUUCCUCAUCUUCCCGCCUCUGCUCAUCCCUGUGUAUUUCCAAAUCCAAAUCAUCUCGACCAUGAUCAGGCGCAGGUUCUGGGCGGACCUGGCCUGGGCCAUCAGCUACUACCUGCGCUACUUCCUCACCUACAUCCCGUUCUAUGGCAUCCUGGGAUCCCUGGGUCUCCUCACGUUUGUCAGGUUUCUGGAGAGCCACUGGUUCGUGUGGGUCACCCAGAUGAAUCACAUUCCAAUGGAAAUUGAUUCCGAGAAGCACAGAGACUGGCUGAGCUCCCAGAUGGCAGCGACCUGCAACAUUGAGCAGUCCUUUUUCAAUGACUGGUUCACCGGGCACCUGAACUUCCAGAUCGAGCACCACCUGUUUCCAACAAUGCCACGGCAUAACUUCUGGAAGGUGAAGCCUUUGGUGAAGUCAUUAUGUGCCAAGUACGGAGUCCCGUAUGAGGAGAAGCCCCUUGGGAAAGCAUUUGUAGACAUCGUUGGGUCCCUAAAGAAAUCUGGAGAUCUCUGGCUGGAUGCUUAUCUCCAUAAGUGAUCAUGAAUCUUUCUGGGGAGGUGUGAGUGACCGGGAGGGAUGGGGGGGCAUGGGGAGGGGGGAUCACACUUGUGUCUUUUACUCUCAGAUCUCAGUCUAAAUCCACGGUUGGAGGGGAGUUUCCUCUCUUGUCAGCUGCUUCUGGCGCAGGCCCAGGCAACCUGUUUAAUCCAGGCAGAUUUAAAAUGUGCUCCAGAGGGUGGAAAGCGAGGCCAGCAUCACAGGGAACGGAAGGUUGAGAGAGGAUGAUGAGGAAUGUUUAAAAAAGGGGCAUUAAUAUCUGACCUUGACCUUCUUUUCACAAGAUUCGUCCUCGUUCUGCCUAAACCACACAAACCCCGGUUCGCACCUAAGGGUUUUUUGAGGUCUCAGUGAGUGUUUGCAAUCCAAGGACACCACAGCCAACUCAUGCCUCUUUCCCAUGUUUGUGUGAAAGAGGAAUCACAUCCCACGGGACUGGCAGCUGCUGGGCUGUGCUUCCAGCCCUGUCCAGAACCCAGCUCCCUCCUUUCCCUGCCUCCUUCCCUUCUCUAACCAUAGCAUCCCUUUAGUCAAGCUGUGACUCUGGCCCUGCACAGCUAACCCCUAACCACAGCAGGGCUAACAUAGCCGUGUUUGUAGGAUCAGCCCCUAUUCCCAGGGGUCUGUAGAAGAUUUCUGGGCUUAAACAGCAAAAUGUCUCCUUUAGGAGAGGGUCUGUUUUCUUUUUAAUGAGCAGCAGGUCUGGCACGGGCGAUUGGUCAGCAAACCACACAAAAGACCAAAACAAUCACACAAGCAAAACGUGCUAAUUGCUCCUCAGUGCUGCGGGGGAACCGCAAAUGGCCUUUUCACCACCCUGCCCGGCAGAAGCCCAGGGUUCUGCCUGUCUGCACACGCCUGGCAGGCACCGAGCCUCUCCCCGCCUGCCCGAGGCCAGGAGCCAUGGCACCGUUCACCCUUCCCUUGGGAACAAUCGCAGGAGGAAAGGAGUUCUCCCUGCAGAAGGAGGAGCUGCCCAAACAGUCUGGAAUCAGGACUGCCCAGGCUCUGCUGCUGAUGUGACACCUUUGGAGAACCCUCGUACAAGUUGUUUAAAACUCAAUUUUCUGCCCAGCACCUAAUUACCAAAACCCACUAAUGGCUUACCGGGAGAGAUGGCUGAACAGCUUCCAGGUGCUUCUGGAACAGGCAACCUGACCCCAAAUAAAUCCAGGGGUCCAGGUUCAGCUGCAACACAGCAGAAGAGAUGUUUGAUUUAGGACAAAGGGCUGUGGUUCCAAAAGCAGCCUCCAGCUCCAGCAUCCACCUCGGUGCUCCCUGGAAACACCAGGAGGGAGAUGCUGGUUACUUCACACGCCUCAUUACUUCCCUCACCUCUGAAACUGGAUCUUCUCUGUCAAAUCCCUGAAUCCUAACAGCAUCCCAUAGAAUCAGCAAGGUGCUUCAUCAUGAACAGAGGUGACUCCGGGACUGUGGCCAGCACUAAAAAAAAUAAAUGUAUUCCCUCCCCGGCUUCUUUGGAGAAUAAAAUGAGAUUUUAUCUUUGCUUACA